UCGGGAGACGAGAAGCCCCACUGCAGCAAGUUGAGAGGAUUUGGAAAGGGGUUUCCGCCUUCCCGCCGAGUUCUCCGAGCUCGAGAGCUUGGCCUGCUCAGGAUAACAGGCAACUGCUGAAGGGAAAGUUUUUUAACUUUCCACAGGUCAAAGAAACCCUUGUCUUAACUUGAAGAAAAAUCUCCUUGCCUCACAAGCAACUACAAACUAUAUAUAAAGAUAGAAGGACUGACUUCUUCAAUGCUUAGAGUCUGAGAAAAAUGGCAAACAUGGGUAGUGAUUCUAGGCAUCUUCUCAUCCCUGAGGUAGAUCAUGAAAUAAAUCCUGGACCUAUGAAUAUCCAGUUUGAUUCAUCAGAUCUAAGAUCCAAAAGGCCUUUCUAUAUAGAGCCCACAAACAUCGUCAAUGUGAAUGAUGUCAUUCAGAGGGUUAGUGACCAUGCCUCUGCCAUGAACAAGAGGAUUCAUUACUACAGCCGGCUCACUGCUCCUGCAGACAAGGCACUGAUUGCCCCAGAUCAUGUAGUUCCAUCUCCAGAAGAGUGCUAUGUAUAUAGUCCACUGGGUUCUGCUUACAAACUUCAAAGUUACACUGAAGGAUAUGGUAAAAACACCAGUUUAGUAACCAUUUUUAUGAUUUGGAAUACCAUGAUGGGAACAUCUAUACUAAGUAUUCCUUGGGGCAUAAAACAGGCUGGAUUUACUACGGGAAUGUGUAUCAUCAUGCUGAUGGGCCUUUUAACACUUUAUUGCUGCUACAGAGUAGUGAAAUCACGGGCUAUGAUCUCGUCAGUGGAUACCACUACCUGGGAAUAUCCAGAUGUCUGCAGACAUUAUUUUGGCUCCUUUGGACAGUGGUCGAGUCUCCUUUUCUCCUUGGUGUCUCUCGUUGGAGCAAUGAUAGUUUAUUGGGUGCUUAUGUCUAAUUUUCUUUUUAACACUGGAAAGUUUAUUUUUAAUUUUAUUCAUCACAUUAAUGACACAGACACUGUACUGAGUACCAAUGAUAGCAACCCUGUGAUUUGUCCAAGUGCCGGGAAUGGUGGCCAUCUUGACAAUGGCUCUAUCAUUUUCUACGCCAAUGACACGGGACUCCAACAGUUUGAAAAGUGGUGGAAUAAGUCCAAAACAGUGCCUUUUUACCUCAUAGGGCUCCUCCUGCCACUGCUCAAUUUCAAAUCUCCUUCAUUUUUUUCAAAAUUUAAUAUCCUAGGCACAGUGUCCGUUCUCUAUUUGAUUUUCCUUGUCACCUUUAAGGCUAUUCACUUGGGAUUUCAUUUGGAAUUUCAUUGGUUUAUGCCAACAGAAUUUUUUGUACCAGAGAUAAGAUUUCAGUUUCCACAGCUGACUGGAGUGCUUACCCUUGCUUUCUUUAUUCAUAAUUGUAUUAUCACACUCCUAAAGAACAACAAGAACCAAGAAAACAAUGUGAGGGACUUGUCCAUUGCUUAUAUGCUGGUGACAUUAACUUAUCUCUAUAUUGGAAUCCUCGUUUUUGCUUCAUUUCCUUCACCACCAUUAUCCAAAGAUUGUAUAGAGCAGAAUUUUUUAGACAACUUCCCUAGCAGUGACAUCCUGUCCUUCAUUGCAAGGAUAUUCCUGCUGUUCCAGAUGAUGACUGUGUACCCACUCCUAGGCUACUUGGCUCGUGUCCAGCUGUUGGGCCAUGUCUUCGGUGACAUUUAUCCUAGCAUUCUCCACGUGCUGGUUCUUAAUCUAAUUAUUGUGGGAGCUGGAGUGAUCAUGGCCUGUUUCUACCCAAACAUAGGAGGAAUCAUAAGAUAUUCAGGAGCAGCAUGCGGCCUGGCCUUUGUAUUCAUAUAUCCAUCUCUCAUCUAUAUCAUUUCCCUCCACCAAGAAGAGCGUCUGACGUGGCCUAAAUUAAUCUUUCACAUUUUCAUCAUCAUUUUGGGCCUGGCUAACCUGAUUUUUCAGUUUUUUAUGUGAAAUACUCAACUAUCUUCUCAAGACCUUUCAUUUUGAACUUUGACAACAGUUCCACAUAAAUUCACUUGUAAAUGCUGUUAUUGCCGUAAUUCUAAAUGUUUUCCUAAGAUAAUUUGAAAACAAGGGAAAUAGUGGUUCAUUAAUAAGUAAUUUUGAUUAGAGUGGGAAAGGGGCAAUAAGACUGAUCUUAGUCUCUUUACUUUUUUCAUAUUCACUCACCUCUUCAUUCUCAUCUUUUCUGAAUAGAAGUGUAUGCUUUUAGGAAAAAUCACGCUGGGUUUUGCUUUUAGAGAUAUGAGGUAGGUGGGUUUAUUUUGGCUACAAUAAAGAUUCUCAGGGUGUCAUAGCAAUGUAUAUCUCCAGAUCCUGUUUCUGCUUUAUGUUUCACCAUAUUCACUUUCAUUUGAUUACUUGCUAGACCAUUUUUGCAGUUUGCCCAAACCCUUACUGUUUGGGACAGUAAACCAAAUACCUCAUUUUUAGAAAGAAGUCUCAAUGAGGGGCCAGCCCAGUGGCAUAGUGGUUAAGUACAUGUGCUCCGUUUCGACGGCCCGGGGUUCACAGGUUUGGAUCCCAGGCACGGACCUAUGUGCCAUUUAUCAAGCCAUGCUGUGGUGGUGUCCCGUAUACAAAAUAGAGGAAGAUGGGCAAGAUGUUAGCUCAGGGCCAAUCUUCCUCAGCAAAAAAAAAAGAAGAAGAAGAAGAAGUCUCCAUGACAUCAGUGUUUAUAGAGUGAAUUCUUACCUGAGUCCUUAAUCUCUGUUUUGAAAGAAACAAUAUCAGUAUAGGCCCCAUGGUCAUGAAACUUAUGCAAAAUAAAUGAACUAGGAGAGUUUGUUGCUGUCUGACUCCUUUUGUUUCUAAUCUAGUACUAGUAACUUAGGUCAAAAUUAUAGGUCCCUCAGCCAGAUUUUGCACAGGAAUAAGUAUGAUUUUCCGCAGAGACUCUGGGGGGCUCUUUUGCUUUUUGGAUCCUUGAGCAUCGCAUAGGAUGUCAUGACAGGACCAGUGGGGAAGAGUGUAGGAAGCAUGGCAGAGAGGGAUACAUGAGGUCACACAGGGGAGAAAGGGAAUGGAGAAGGGGCCAGGAAGAGUGAGGCCUCCUUUCCAGGGUAUUAUCUGGGGGUGAAAAGUGGCUUCUUUACCACAGGAAAGGAUUAAUUCUGUUUGAGGUAUGACCUCCAGAAGGACACCCCCCUCUACUUCCUUCUGUAACUAGAAGGGUAGAGGUUAAAUCCCCAUAAGAAAAACUCCUUGUAUCUGAGAAAAGGGUUAGGGAAUCUGAAUUCUUAGAAUUAACACUCUCUUCUUUCUUUCAAGCUAAAAGCUAGACUGGAAUGUCUUCCAUGUCUUCCAUGUAAUACAGCCUCCAUGUUCAGCUGGAAAAGUUAGAUUUCUCUAAUUUUAGGCUAACAUUAAAAAGUGUAUUGUGUUAAUACACAUCCCACAUCCCAGGAUAGGGUGCAGAUUUGUGUUAUUUCUUUCCUCUGAGAAAAACGGGUAAAAUAGUUUUUUUUAACCUAAUAAAGAGUGCCAGAUUCGUGACCGCUAUGAUUUCUUUCAGCAAACCUUUCUGUCCAGUCCAUAGGCCCAUAGCUAUAUUGAUGAACUAUAUUUCCUAAAGCUCUUUUCUAAAGAGUCUCAUUAUGAAAAUUCUCAAGCAUACACAAAAGUAGAGAAAAUAAUAUGAUAAAACUCCCCAUAAACCCAUCCCCUAGAUUUAGUAAUUAUAAGACUUUGCUGCAUUUCCUUCACCUAUCCCCUGUUUUUCCCUUUUCCACUGAAAUAUUUUAAAGCCAAUCUCGGGCGUUAUGUCCUUUCAUCUCUACAAACCUUAAUAUGCACUAAUAGGCUUUGAACUUUGUUGUGUUUAUUGAUGGAGACUAUCUUGAAAGCUUUUGUUAGCAGAAACUGCUGGUAGAAGUUAGGUUAAUUGGAAAAUUCUGCAUUCGGUGUCUGGCUCCCGGUGUUAACCUCUGUUAGCACAGGAGUAUAAUGCAUGGAGAAAGUGUCUCUCUGUGCUUGGGAGCGCCUGCAUCUUUAUGACUUCAGAGUCCUGUUCAGUUAGAGACACAGGAAUCAUAAGCUAGACAGCCCCUUGAGAGAUCUAGGCUUAAUCCCUGUGUAUCCCUGAUUGUCUCCAUUGUGUUUCAGAACUUCAGAGACAGAGUUUUCAUUGCCUCUUGUCAAUAAUAUACUUGAAUAUUUUAUACAUGGAAAAGUGAUUAGAUGUAUUUUUCCCCAUUUAAUGAUCAAAGUGAAUAUGACCAUGAAUGCUUUAUUUACUAAACUAAAAGCAACCUGGAUAUUUGCUUUUUGUUUUCGUUAAAUGACUUGAUAAUUUAGAACUUCCAAAAUCCUAUGUUAGACUUAUGCUGAAUGACUUUGUGUUCUUAAGUUUCUUUUCACAAAACUGACUCCUUUGGUCUAUUAUUUAGCUUGGUCAGAAAACUCUUUGUGUGAGUGUGUAUGUCCUGGCUCAGACUUUAGAAUGAUGAGGUAUGAACUCCUUCAGAUCACAUUACAGUUAAUUUUAGACUUUCUCUACUGUCAUCUCUUUGAAUUUUCUAAUUAAAUUUAUUUGACUUUUUGCUCUGAUGUGGUUAACCUUAGUUUCCUUGAAUUUAGCUUAUGUAACACACAACUGAGGACAUUAUAAAAUUUAAAAUGGCUUGUUUGGAGAAGAUCUCUUCUAAACAAACCUUAGAAAGCCUCUGGAUGAAUAUACGGAAUGCUAAUACUAAACCAGAAAGGAGAAAGAAAUGUCCUUUGACACCUGUGGACGAUCAUCCAAAAUUAGUUUCAUCAUCAUACCCAAAAAAUAUAUUGUAGUAAAGAAUAAAUUUACCCACAAAAAGAGAAUAAAGGGAAAUAUUCACCUUAUUUACAUUAAGUAUAUUUUGCAAAUACAGUCAUGCGUCACUUAACGAUGGAGAUACCCUCUGAGAAAGCAAUAAUUAUUCUCAUAACUCUAGAAUUUUAGGUAUUUGAUACAUUCACCAUCAAAUGGAAUCAUAUAAAGUGUAAUUGCUUUUACUUUGGCAAAUUUCCUCUAAGAUAAGUUUUAUAAGAAAUGUUUAAUUGCUUCUGUAUACUAUUUAUUGUUCUCUUUGCAUUUGUAACCCUGCAUCAUUUGCUUCUGUGAAUUUUGGACAGCAAAGCACAGUUGAUCAAUAGGGGAAAUAAUUAGUAACACAUUGGGCAGUACAAAAAGAAAGAUUCUAUUGGGCCGGCCCCCAGAGGGCCGGUUAAGUGUGCGCGCUCCGCUGCACUGGCCCGGGGUUCACUGGUUCGGAUCCCGGGCACGCACCUGACGCACUGCUUGGCAAGCCAUGCUGUGGCAGCAUCCCAUAUAAAGUGGAGGAAGAUGGGCACGGAUGUUAGCCCAGGGCCAGUCUUCCUCAGCUAAAAAAGAGGAGGAUUGGCAGAUGUUAGCAAAGGGCUGAUCUCCUCACAAAAAAAAAAAAAAAAGAUUCUAUAAAAUUUU